AUGUCGAUAUCGAGCCGACCCCCGCCGCUGCGUGCGGGAGGGCGGUCGCAGGCCAGGUCGGUAAAAGGGAUUGGUCAUCUUGUGUUCUUCCUCCCUCUCUGCCUGUGCAUCUCGUCUCCCACCCAACCUGACUCGGUCUCGUCGCCCAUCCUGAUCGUCCCAACGAACGAACCAUCUUCCUCGCCCAACCAAGAGAUCUACCCGACACACACCGAGCCGGACCCUCUCCUGUACGACCUACCCGUCUCAGGAAUCGCCAACUUGACCAAAUGGGAGGGCACAAAAUGGGCCAAGGAGCGCUACGAGAAGGAACAGGGCAUCACAAUCAGAGACACGGCCGCCGACGAGUUCUCCGAGUGGGUCGAGCCUGAAGACCGUCCUCUGGUUUCCGCCAGCCGCGGCCGCACUGCAGACACGGAGGCAGCAUCCGACGAUGAGGACAUGGAGGGCGAAGACACAGACGAGGAGAUGGAGAGCGUGGGCACGGCCCUCAACGAGCGACUCAGGGAGCGCGUCGCCCGCCGCGAGGCAGGCGAGCACGCCACCGUCCUCGACGAGGAGUGGGAGCAGUGGCUCAAGAACGCCAUCGAGUCUGGCGAGCUGCCCUUUGUCACGCCACAGACGAUGCAGUCCACCAACUCUACCAACACGCCCAUCAUGCCCACAACCCUCUUCCCGCCUCGCAUGCUGAGUGCAGCGAGGGCUGGCCAGUGGAGCGACAUUCCCGACUUUCUCCACGACAUGAUUCAACGGAGCAUCAGCGUUGAGACGACCGAUCGCGAGGAGCCCCUCAUGCCCCCUCUGACGCGCGCCCCUCGGCGUGGGCCGACCGACGAGCGUCGUCAUCCCAGUGCGCCCUGGCUGCGACCAUACUCCGGCCUGCGCUUGCCGGUUGGCGACGGCGUAACCCAGUCCUCUCCCGAUCUCAACGCGCCGGUCGCGGCGGAUCCACCGGGAGCAUAG